AUGGGUUUGAAGCCGUAUUUGGGCCUUCGGGGCAACGCUCUGCUCAGAGCUGCUGUUCUGCUGGUCGUGGCUCCGACCUUUACCUGCUAUGGAUACAACAUGAGUGUUGCUGGUGGUCUAUUGACCCUCGACGCGUUUAACGACCAAUUCCCCCGCAUGGACACAAUUCACACCUCAGGUGCGCUGGAGAAGGAAAACUCAACAAUCCAAGGCACGGUCAUUGCUCUUUACACUGUCGGCGGUAUUUUCGGUGCCUUGUCAUGCGUCUAUCUCGGUGAUCUCCUCGGCCGGAAAAAGGUCAUUUUCUUCGCCAACCUCGUGGGUAUCAUCGGAGCAAUUCUGAUGGCUACUUCUUUCCAAUUCGCCCAAUUCAUUGUCGCGAGAUUGGUUCUCGGUCUAGGUAUCGGUGGAUAUGUGGCCACAGUUCCGGUCUGGCAAUCAGAGAUCUCUCCCUCACACAAACGAGGCUCUAACGUGGUCACUGACGGCAUCUUCGUCGGUGUCGGAGUCACUGUUGCCCUUUGGAUUGAUCUGGGUUUCUUUUUCGUCAAGGAUAACUCCGUUUCGUGGCGAUUCCCCCUUGCUUUCCAGGUCAUUCUCUCAGUCAUUGCUAUGAUCUUCAUUACCGUCAUGCCCGAAUCGCCCCGCUGGCUCAUCAAGACCGGACAGCAGGAGAAAGCCCGCCACGUUAUGGCUGCCCUACAGGAUUUGGACCCUUACUGCGACGAAAUUACCACCGGCAUUGCCCAAGUCGAGACCACCCUGGCCGUCUGUGGUUCUUCCUCGUGGAAGGAUAUGUUCACCAACGGUGAGAAACGCCUGUUCCACCGCGCCUACCUCGCCGCCACUGGCCAGAUGUUCCAGCAAAUGUGCGGUGUCAACCUGAUCACCUACUACGCCACCACCAUCUUCCAGCAGUACCUCGGCAUGGAUGCCGUCAAGUCUCGCAUUCUGGCCGCCGCUAUGGGUCUGAUGCAGCCCUUUGGAGGAUUCCUCGCUUUCCAGACCAUCGAUCGCCUCGGUCGUCGCCCUCUCAUGCUGUACAGUGCUGGCGCUAUGGCAGUUUGCAUGGCCUUGCUCGCUGGCUGCACGUCUGAUUCUGCCGCCAAUAGCACAGGAGCCCUGGUCGUAGCAGUCAUCGCCCUGUACUGUUUCCAAUUCAUCUUCACCGUCGGCUAUUCCGGCUUGACCUUCCUUUACGCCGCAGAGAUGGCACCGCUUCAAGUGCGCGCCGCUGUCAGCGCCGUCUCUACUGCCACAGUGUGGGUAUUCAACUUCCUCCUGGCAGAGGUAACCCCGGUCGGCUUCUCCUCGAUCGGCAGCAACUAUUAUAUUGUCUUCGCGUGCAUCAACGCAUUCAUCGUGCCCGCAGUCUACUUCUUCUUCCCCGAGACCAAGGGCUGCUCACUGGAAGAGAUCGAUGAGAUCUUCAUCCGCUCGAAGAACAUUUGGGACCCUCCCAAGGUGGCACGCCAAAUGGCGCUCGAGCGCAGCGUGCAAGUUGGGCAACCUGACUGCGAAAGUAGCGGUGAUAACAACGGCUCCAAUGAUGACGAAUACGUCAAACAGGAGCUCAAGUCUUAA